AUGGACCCAGGGCCGCCAGACUCCAAACGACCCCGUCUGUCGACUGGCCCGGCAUGGUCAGCAGGCGGUUCGCAUCACGGAGUGUCUCUGCUCCAUCCCACUCCCUCCCCCACGGCUGGCCAGCUGCCUCUCCAUCAUCCCCCACCGUCGGCCCAGUAUCAACAACCCUCACCCCUUCCCUUUUCCCGUCCUCCAGGCCCCGGAGACCCUCACCAGCCGCCGCCUCCGCCUCCACCGCCUCCUCCCCCGCCUGUUCAGACGCCCAUCGACGACCGACGGCACCAUGAGCCCGACAGGUUUCCGCCCAUGCAAGAACACAGGCAACCUCCGCAGUCCCCCGCCCACCCGCCUUAUCCGGGCUAUCCACCCAGGGAGCCUUUGAUCAAGACGGAUCCUUCCGACGACACAUUACCCCAGCUUCGCAGGCCGCUUUCGACCGGCACCGCCAAAGAUAGCAUGACGCCCGUGACGCCACAUUCCGCCCUUCCACCCCAUUCCCAAGCCUAUGGAGAUGACAAGCGCCAUUUGAGUUUCGACAACGGCCCGCAACUGCCCAUGUACAGCCGGCAACCGAGCUAUGGGCCUCAGACGCCAUUGCCCCACGCCCAACCCUACGACUACGGGCAGCCCUAUGGAACCCCCCAUGGCGAGCUUCCGUAUCCGAUCCAGGUCACCGCCGCCAGCGGGAAGCGCAAGGCGCAAAGGGCAUCGCAGGCCUGUGACAAUUGCCGACAGCUCAAGGCUAAGUGUGAUGAGCUGAAACCUUGCAAGAGUUGCAAGGACAAGAAAGUCGAAUGCAAGUAUCGGGAGGCUGUCCCCAAACAACAAGACAAGAUCGCGGCAGACAUCUUGGAGACUCUCGUACUGCUUCGGGACGAGUUUAGCGCGUUCAACAACCGCAUAAGCAAGCUUGAACAUGCGGUGAAGCGCAUCGCGCCGGCGGCUGACAUCCAGCCGGAGCCGAUGCAGGAUGUCGACGACCGGCCAGGGUCGGCCGAGUCGGCAGCGCCUGUCCCGGAAGAAGCUGACCCAUCAUCACCAGGAGACGCGGCAGCGGGGACACAGGCACCCAUUGAUUCUAACGAGGCCCGCCUGAUCACGCGCAGCAUGGAGGACGAGGUAGAGGUAGAGCCCGGGCCCUUUGUGCGACCCGGUGUCCCGUCUAUCCCACCCAACCACACGACCUUGGCGGCCUUCUUGCUCAAGUGGCGGCCGAUCGAGCGCCUGGUCCGGCCCUACCUGGAAGCCGAGAAUGUCAAGUACGUGGAUGAAUUUCCGAUUCGCCAGGAAGAGAGACGCGGCCUCCUCCGAGUCUGGGGCCGAGGCGAGGGUUUGGACAGCAGUCGCAGUGACAGGGAGGCCCUCCGCGAUCUGGGCGUCAUGGAAAUCCGGGAUGACUACUCGGACACGGGGGCUCCCUCGCCCGCCGACUGCUGGGGCGCUAUUGGCAGCUCGCCCGGCCCCUUUGACGGCAAGGGCGUUUACGGGGUCCAAACGCCCGAUUUUAGCGAGAGCGUCGUGUGGAAAUACGUGAACAGCUUCCAGGAAAACAUCCAGAACAUGCAUCCGCUCAUAAUCCCCCGUGAGCUCAACGCCAUGGUGAAGCUGUUUUUGGACAGCGUCCAGCAGAGCAUGAACAGGCAAUCCGGGGGCGCCCCACUUGCCAAGUUUGCGGUCUCGUCCGCGCAGCCCGAAACUGGAUUCAAGAGGAAGCGGUCUCCAGCGCCCGAAGGCGCCGAGCUGCCACCGGUGGUGUCCAAGUCUCCUAGGCCUAUGUUUCAACGGUCCAUCAACAAUGCGCUCGUUCUGUUAGUGCUCGCUUUGGGAAAGAUUUGUUCCGUUAAGGACAAGAUCCCCGAUGUGGUGCCCGUCAGUGACGUCUCACAGGGGUCGCCCUUGGCGCGGAACGGGUACCCGGCAUCUCCUGUCCAGGGGUCGCCUCCGUCGCAAACGUCACAUUCCCAAUCCGUCAGCCUCCCGUCUCCCAAGGACGGUACUGACCGGUCCCGUCCCAGCAGACGAUCUUCGUUUCAAGGGGGAGGUCCAUCGGUCAAGCCAGGAACGUCUCUGAAGAGGAAUCUGGAUGUGAUUCCGGGGUUGGACUACUUUGCCUAUGCCACCGAUAUCAUGGGAGGCCAACUGGCCGGGACCAGUCUUCGACAUAUUUACGCCUACAUACUCGCUGGGCUGUAUCAUGGCCAGUUGGGCAGGGUCCUGGAAAGCUAUGCUUACAUCAAAGAGGCUGGCUGGGCGUUGCAGGUCAAAAUGCGACCGAGCGUGGACCGGUUCAGAAAGAUGACCGCCGUGACUGAGAAAGCUGACAACCAGCUCAUCUUUGCCUUUUGGACAUGUCUGCAGCUAGAAAGCGACAUCAUCGCCGAGCUUCCAUUGCCCCAGUCGCACAUCCUGGCCUUCGAGGACAUGAUGCCAUAUCCCAACAUCAACCUCGCCCAACAACUUGGUUUCGACGGCCAUGUUCUCCGAAGCUACCUGGCACAGCUGUACCUGCGCAAGAGCUUGAACCAGAUACAUGGAAUGCUCUACAACCCCGAGAACCCGAUCCCCCUGCAGGCGUCGUCCGGGCAGCCAGGCGGCAACAUCAUCGAGUACAUCCAGGACUCACUGGAUAUGCGCUUCGUGCCGCCGGAAUUCAAGUUCAACCAUGACGAUCCGCCCGCAAAAGACCUCCUGUCUGCCAGACUCCGCGCCAAGUACUGGGGUGCGCAAGUAAUCACCUACCGGCCGUUUGUCCGCCAAAUACUCGAGUUCAACUACAACAAGCUCAUGGCGGGCGAGAGUCCCAUGGUCGCCGGAUCCGGCGGCAUCCGCUCAGGCGUUUCGGUGCCCGCCAUUGCGCCCGACGCGAGCGACAUCCCCCCGCAGGUGAUUGAGUAUGCGGCAAAGGGCAUCCAAGCGUUGAUCGAGAGCACACGGGCGUUCCACGGUGUCCCGGACAAGCGGUAUAUCAUCACGAACGUGUUUGGAACGGCGCAUGCGCAAUGGGGCAAUCUUCUCACCCUCUCGGCCGUCUUCAAGGAUCCCACGUUACAGGAUUUUGUCGACGAAAAGACGCUCAGGGAGCUGUUUUCCAGGACGAUUGCCUUCUUUCGGAUCAUUGCUCAUCCCACCAGCGCCCUGCACAUCGACCUGCGUAUCCUCGAGGGCCUGGAACACGAGCUGUGGGGGAAACACGGGGGCAGUGGCAGCAGUACGGCGACGGACCAUCCCACCGGGUCCAGUUUCUCGAGCACCACCAGCGGAGGAGGGGGAGGAGGAACCGGCAGUGGUAGCGGUGCUGGACGGAAUAUCCCGCCCGUACCGCCUUUGAACCCGCCGGGCGGCACAACGGGGCCCAUGGAUAGUGGUGGUGGUGGUGGUGGUGGUGGGGGAAUGAUGAACAUGGGCGCGGGACGGCCUCCACCCCUCCAAGGAUCGAUGCCCCUUUCCGACGCCGUCCAUGCCGCUGUCGCGGGCGCGGGCGGCGGCCUGCCGCCGAUGCAGCACCCGCCUCCGCCUGUUGCAUAG